AGAGUGUUCAACAAGCGUACUAAGACCGUAGAGGAGUCUAUUCAUGUUGUCUUUGAUGAAUUUGAUGCUCGCUUGGCGAGAAAAGGUAUUGUUGAUAAUGUUGCAGGUUCUUAUGAUGAUGAUGAAGAAAUCGUUAAGGAAAAGGAACCGGAAGAAGAGAAAACGCAGGAACAAACGGAGCUUCCUAAGGAAUGGAGAUCAUUAAAGAACCACCCGAUUGACAAUGUCAUUGGUGAUAUAACGCAGGGAGUUUCUACUC